AUGCCUUCACCGCCAGAACCACCACAGCAGCACCACCACCACCACUCCCACCACCACCUCUCCACGUUCCUCAACUCCACAACCAAAUCCCUCCUCUCUCUUCUCUCUCCUCCCAAAAACCCACCUUCACCAUCACCCCAAUCCAAAAUUUGCAUCCCUUUCCACCUUCCCGCUUCCCCUCUCUCACUCACCCAAUCCACUCCCUCUCUGUUUGAGUCAACUCAGUCUGACUUAGUCUCCCCAUCAAAAUCAUCACCAGCCUCAGUAGAAGGGUUAUCUUCUGCUGAGUCAAAUUCUGGGUUUCCAUCAGCAGUCAGGAUUGGAAGGCUUAAUUCUAAUGGAAAAGGUGGUGGGCCUGCUUUUGUAGGGCAAGUUUUUAGCAUGUGUGAUCUUUCAGGGACUGGUCUCAUGGCUGUUUCUACUCAUUUUGAUGUUCCCUUCAUUUCCAAAAGGACACCCAAGUGGCUUAAGAAGAUAUUUGCAACAGUUACCAAGAGUGAGAGGAAUGGUCCCGUGUUUCGUUUCUUCAUGGAUUUAGGUGAUGCAGUUGCGUAUGUUAAACAGCUGAAUAUUCCAAGUGGUGUGGUGGGUGCUUGUCGUCUUGACUUAGCAUAUGAACACUUUAAGGAGAAACCUCACCUAUUUCAGUUUGUUCCAAAUGAGAAACAGGUCAAGGCAGCAAACCAACUUCUAAAGACUAUUCCGCAUAGUGAUGGGAGCAGGAGGGUUGAUGGGGUUCCUGUUUUCAGCGCUCAAAAUUUAGAUAUUGCAAUAGCUACUAAAGAUGGGAUUAAGUGGUAUACUCCAUACUUCUUCGAUAAAAACAUGCUAGAUAACAUUCUUGAUGAGUCUGUUGAUCAGCAUUUCCAUGCUUUAAUUCAAACUAGGCACAUGCAACGUCGACGUGAUGUGACUGAUGAUAAUGUUGCCGCAGAAGUGAUUGAAGAAAUGGGAGACAGCCUAUUGGAACCACCAGAGGUUCAGGAAGUGCUGGAUGAGAUAGGGCAUCCUGCAAUACCUCUGAGUGUCAUUUCAAAGGCUGCAGAAAUUCAGCUCCUUUAUGCUGUUGACAGAGUACUUCUUGGUAAUAGGUGGUUGAGAAAAGCCACUGGCAUUCAGCCGAAAUUUCCUUACUUGGUUGAUUCAUUUGAGAGAAGGAGUGCAUCUUCUUUACAAAGAGCAUCAGAGUCAACCAGGUGUCUUGUCAACAGUAAAACAGAUGAUGGCACUUCAGAACAUAGAUUAAAAGACAAUGUUCAAACCGAUCAUGAACAGAGAAAAGAUCUACGGUUGCCAUUUGGAGAUUGGUUUGGUCAUCCAUGGUUGAAAAGACAGGGCAAAUCUGAAAGGGAAUUGGACAGAAGAAAGGAAGUUUCAUCAAGGGACUGCUUAAAACAGAAGUUAGAGUCUAAUCCUUUUCUUCCAAAGGUUACAAUGGUUGGUGUCUCAACUGGAGACGCAGGACAAUUGAGCAAAGCUAGUUUGAAAAAGACAAUGGAGGAUCUGACAAAAGAGCUAGAUCACACAGAUCAGACAGAUGACUGUGGGAUUAGCAAUAGUACUAGUGAGUUAGAAGUCGAAGAUAGGGAUCCACUUUUUGUUGCAAAUGUUGGGGAUUACUAUUCAGGCAUGGCAAAGACAGGUUCAAAGACAGGUUCCCCUUGA